CUUUGGUAGAGCUUAACUGCUCUAGUAGUCUUCUCUGACCUCCACUGAUGAACUGGCGGGACAGACAACUGGUGACCAUGGACUGGAGGCUCCACAGCCUGGUCAGAAAUGGUUUCAGGAAGUUUGGGGAGCGGCCUCAACCCAAACGCCUCACAAGGGAAGCAAUGCGGAACUAUUUAAAAGAGCGAGGCGAUCAGACCGUUCUCAUACUCCAUGCAAAAGUUGCACAGAAGUCUUAUGGCAAUGAGAAGAGGUUCUUUUGCCCUCCCCCUUGUGUCUAUCUCAUGGGUAGCGGAUGGAAGAAAAAGAAAGAACAGAUGGAGCGAGAUGGCUGCUCUGAGCAAGAGUCCCAGCCUUGUGCCUUCAUUGGCAUCGGGAACAGUGAGCAAGAGAUGCAGCAGCUGAACCUGGAAGGAAAGAACUAUUGCACUGCCAAAACCCUGUACAUAUCUGACUCUGACAAGAGAAAGCACUUCAUGUUAUCGGUGAAAAUGUUCUACGGGAAUAGUGACGACAUUGGUGUGUUCCUCAGCAAACGUAUCAAGGUCAUCUCGAAGCCAUCGAAAAAGAAGCAGUCACUGAAGAAUGCAGACUUAUGUAUUGCAUCAGGGACAAAAGUGGCACUGUUCAACCGCCUGCGAUCACAGACAGUCAGUACAAGAUAUUUGCACGUCGAAGGUGGAAAUUUCCACGCCAGUUCGCAACAGUGGGGAGCGUUCUACAUCCAUCUUUUGGACGAUGAAGAAUCUGAAGGAGAGGAAUUCACAGUGCGCGAUGGUUACAUACAUUAUGGCCAGACAGUAAAACUUGUAUGUUCGGUUACUGGCAUGGCACUCCCUAGGCUGAUUAUCCGGAAGGUGGAUAAACAGACGGCCUUGUUAGAUGCAGAUGAUCCUGUUUCUCAGCUCCACAAAUGUGCAUUCUACCUGAAGGACACAGAGAGAAUGUACCUAUGCCUUUCUCAGGAACGAAUAAUCCAGUUUCAAGCCACUCCAUGCCCCAAAGAGCCAAACAAAGAGAUGAUAAAUGACGGUGCUUCGUGGACAAUUAUUAGCACGGAUAAGGCAGAAUACACGUUCUAUGAAGGCAUGGGGCCAGUACACGCACCUGUGACCCCUGUGCCUGUCGUAGAAAGUCUUCAGCUGAAUGGAGGUGGAGAUGUAGCAAUGUUGGAACUAACAGGUCAGAACUUUACGCCAAAUUUGCGAGUUUGGUUUGGGGAUGUGGAGGCAGAGACGAUGUAUAGGUGUGCCGAAAGUAUGUUGUGUGUCGUCCCUGACAUUUCCGCUUUCCGAGAGGGCUGGAGGUGGGUUCGCCAGCCAGUGCAGGUCCCGGUGACAUUGGUCCGGAACGAUGGCAUAAUAUAUUCCACCAGCCUUACUUUCACAUACACCCCAGAGCCUGGACCUCGGCCUCAUUGUAGUGCAGCUGGAGCGAUCCUGCGAGCCAACUCAAGCCUCCUGGCAGCCAGCGAUCCAAGCACGAACAGCGAGGGAAGUUACACAAGUGUCAGCACAAAUUCUACCAAUGUCCCAUCAAAUGCAGCAGCCGUCGUGUUGUAACCACAGACUUAUUUAUUUUAUUUUUUUUACCUGGACUUCAGCUGACUUUAAGUUUUUACAUGGAAGGACAUGUAAAAUGAACUUUUUUUUUCCCCCCUCCCUUUCUUUUUUUAUUUCAAACAUACAUUAAUUGUGAGCUUUUUUACGGGAAAAUUGUUUCUCCAUAAUUGUUCAUAUUGCCCGAACCUUUUGAACUUGCAAGUGCCGAGCAAAAAAAAAUUUAAGCCACAAUAAUAAAUGGGUAAAAAAAAAUUGAUGUAGAUACAAAUCACCACUGAAAAUCUAUUUUAAGCCGUAUUUUCAUUCAGAAGAAAAAAAAAUAAUGGCCAGAAACAGAGAAUGUGGCUCGGAGGUGAAACCUCCAACUAGAAUGCAUGAAUAUAGUUUUUAUGGACCAAGAAACUUGUGUAAGCUUUAGUAAAAGGUACAUUUUCACCAUAACUUUUUUUAUUUUUUUUAUAAUUCAUGACAUAUAGUACACUUCUGUUACCAAAUAGUUUUUUCAUAUUUUUUUUUUGUUUUUUACCUUUCUCAAAAGUAUAAUCAGGUUCCAAGCUUCCAAUCUAAUUAUAAUCUUCCGGUUACAAAAAGAGAAAAAAAGAUCAUUUUUUUUUUUUUUUUUUUGGUCAAUGGCUGGAAUUUUUUGUUUUCUUUUUUAUAUAUUUUUUUUUAUUUUGGCAUGUCAAAUCUUGUAAAGGCCAGCAUUUUAAAUUUUUUAUUUUGUUAAGAUUAUAUGAAGUUUGUGCAAAAGCUUUAAAAAAGGAAAAAAAAAAAAGAUGCCUCUACCUUGCCUGCAAUACAAGCGCGUGUAUAUGAAUAGUACUCUAUUCAGUCAUUGUCUGAUAUACCCAGUUUUCAGUGUCGUUCAGGAGUGGUAAACCCGUGGCUUUUCAGUUGCUGCUGAAAGGGAUCUUCUCAUAUUGCUAAUGCCUAAUAGUUCGAAGAGCAGCAACUGAAGACCCACACUGGGUAGUCGUCUCCCCCCCAUGUAUGUAAAUGUAUAUAUGAUUUUUUUUCUUGUAGGCUUUUUAUUGAAAAGAGUUAAUAUCUCUGGUCAGUGAAGAAGCUGGUGUAUUUAUAGAGACUAUUUAUGGUCCAGAAUACCCCCAAAAAACAUGCAAACUACACAUGGCAUUUAAACGAUCACUUUCAUAUCGUUCAACUUCAUACAUCAGAUACGGAUAUUUUUAUUUAAUUCUUUUAGCGUUAAAGAAAUAACUUUUUUUUUUUUUUCCUUCAUUUUGAGGUUCAGGUUUUUUAUAUCUUGUACAUAACAUGUAUUAAGUGUAAGUUAAGUGUCUUAUUACAUUUUUUAUUUUUUUUUGCCUUACAGGCAUUAGGCUAUGGGACUUUAAAACCUGUACAGUAAAAAAAAGAUGAAGCUGAGAAGUGAGCAGGUUACCAAAUAUCUUUCUGCACUGGUUAUAGAAGAUAGUUGUCUCUAGGUUCGGGGGGAGAGUCAUUUUGUGGGUUGUACUUGUACUAAUCUGUGCGAGCCGAUCAGUUGACUGUUUACUCUCCUCGAUGUUCGCAUCCCUUGUUUUGAGUGAAUUGAUAGGCUGCAUUGUUACACGCAGUGGUGCAGCCCGCAGACGUUCCGCCUGGUCUAUUUUAGAUAGAAGUUAGCGUAUUGUAUCUGAAAAUAACGUUUACUGUAUUGCUGGAUGCAAAAAUGAUUUGAAAUUCCCCACUGUUUGGAAGCAGAUUUUAAUCUGUAAAAUUUUAUGCUACGUCGGUUGCAUUCAUGCAUACCCACCAAUAAGGCUCAUUCACACAACCGUUUUUGCGGAACGGGUGCGGACCCAUUCAUUUCAGUGGGGGCCAGAAAAUAUGAGGACAGCACACCGUACUGUAUGAUGUCCACAUCCGU